CAGAAUGAUUCGUAAGAUUUUGAAAUUUGGGUUCUCUACAACGACACUCAAUUAGGAACCAAAACAUAGAUUUAGUUUAUUUAAACUAAUUGCUGGGGCAGCUAUUGGAGUUUAUGGAUUCGAUUAAGGAAGAAAAUAUAGAGAAUAUUUAUCAAAUAUCUUCCUCUCUAAAGAAUAACUCAAUGAUUUGGCAUUGAAAAACAUGAUCAAAUCCAAAGAUUCACAAUUAAUAGCACAUCCAAUUAAUAGUGUUAAUAAUAUAAAGAAUAAAGAAAAAGUAGUCGUGGUUGGAGGAGGUAAUAAUGAAUUUACAUUUUAGGAAUAAUUGGAAUCUCAUAAGCCCUAAAACUUUUAAGAAUGGGGUAUAAUGUAACUGUUAUUGAAUAAGCCAAUACUGUUGCUUCAGAAUGUAGUGCCUUUAAUGGUAAUGUUUUUAAUCCAAUGUACUUUUUGCCAUUAGUCACAAGAGUAAUUCAUAAAUUUAUUAUUGCAAGGAUAACUUAAUCUAUAUGAUCAAGAAUAUAUUCGAAAAACCAGAGUUGACAACUGUUAGAUUUAACAUGAAUGCAUUCUUAGAAGACAAUUUUAUUUAGUGGGGAAUUAAUAGUUUACUAUUAAGUAUGACGGAGUAUUAAAAUCAAUUUAUAUAAAUAGCAAUGCUUAGAUUGAGAAUUCACGAAAGCAGUUGAGAAUUGGAUCGCUGACUUUGCAGGACAUUGAAAAAUUAAAGCCAACAGGAUUAUUCAAAGGACAUUUAAUCGCAAAAGGAUAAUUGGGGUUUUUUGCGUCAGAUUAAAAAGUUAAUGCUUAUAAAGAUCGGUUAGAGUUGUUAGGAAUUCCUCAUAUUAAAGUUGAAUCCUUUGAAUAAAUUGAAUAAUUCACAAAAACAGAUUUAAAAACAGAACCAAAUCUCAAACUUUUCAAUAGGUUCAAGAAAGCUUUGAUAUUAACCACUGAAUCCAAUUUGGAAACAAGAGACCUAACAUAAUCCAUGCUAAAGUAUUGUUAAGAAAACUUUCCAAACUAAUUCGCAAUUGCAUUUUAGACUUCGGCUUAAAAUUUUGUCUUAGAUCCAGAUAAAAAUGUCAAAGGAAUUCAAACUAAUAAAGGGUAUAUUUAUAUGGUAAAUUUUGAGAAUUGUCUUGGGAGAUAGGUUUGUCAUUUGUUUAGCACAUAAAAGCAAAUAGUUGGCCCAAAAAUUAAGACUUAACCUUCCAAUAGUACCAGCUAAGGGGUGGGCUAUGGGAAGAACUGCACCAGAAAAUUUUAAUUAGACUUUAGUUAAAGAAUUCACUUUAAAUACUCCAAAUUAUUUUGCAACAAAUCUGAAUGGGCAUUUAAGGUUAGCAGGGUGUGCAGAGGUUUGUAAUGAUACUCCAUCAAGUGAUGCAAGCAGCGAAUGGGGAGCUAUUUAAAUAUUAAAUAGAUUCAAUGAGCAAAAUGGAUUCAAUUUUAAAAUGAAUGACUUUACUGUUAGAAGUUGUUUCAGACCUUUAACACCAGAUGAUGUCGCCAUUAUUAGUGAAGUUCCUGGAUUCAAAAACGUAUUUAUAAAUGCAGGUCAUGGAUCAAGGGGCAUGAGUUACUGCUUUGGAGCCGCAGACAUUAUGAGUUAGGUUAUGGAAGGAUCUAAGGAAUUUGAAGAUUACAGUGUGAAGAGGUAUUAUUUUAUAUGA